GCUAGUAAGUGGCCAACCCAGUCCUCCUGGCCCCAGAGUCUGCUCUUAGCCACUAGUUCUGCAACCUCAGAGGGAGUGGGACACCAGCUCUUAGGGGUGAAGCAUGGUGUCCAGCCUGUUGUGGGCAGGCCCUGACAUCACCCACCCUCUCGCUUACGAGAUGGCUGCCACACGCCACUGCCUCUCCCUGCUGUUCCUGUCCAUGUUUGUGGCUUUGUUGCUGCAGCCACCUCUGGGUGCCUUGGGGGCCCCACUGGAGCCAGUGUACCCAGGGGACAAUGCCACACCGGAGCAGAUGGCCCAGUAUGCAGCUGAGCUCCGCAGAUACAUCAACAUGCUGACCAGGCCCAGAUAUGGGAAAAGAGACAAAGAAGACAUGCUGAACUUCUUGGAGUGGGGAUCCCCCAACAAAGCUGUCCCCAGGGAGCUCAGCCAGAUGGACAUGUAAUGCCACCUCCUGCCUUCUCCAACUCCAAGGGCAGUGACCGCCCAGCUCUCCCCUCUACACCCUAGGCUUUGGUCAAAGCUUGCUUCCUACUUCCACAACGGCUAAAUAAAGCAAAUCAAAG